AUGGUCCAACAUCUUGAACAAAUACACAGUGGUGAAGAGGAGGUUAAGAAAGCCAUAGCAUACGACCCUAAAGACCCGAAAAGAGUUCAACAAUUUGAAAAGUUAUGCAGGAUGGGCAACUUUAAUCACAACAUGAAAGUGCUUGAUAUCAAAGAAGGCAAAUUAAAGGUGGUGAGAAGGCCUCCUGCAAAUACUGAAGCAAAUCCAAAUGAUUACUUACCCUGCCAGUAUUGCCAUGGUUUUUUCUGAUAGACGAACUUAAGAGACAUGCACCGAAAUGUUCUUGUAACGAAGAAGAAGAAAGUACAGGAUCGAAGCGCAUGAAGUAUGAGGGAAGAGUUAUGCUUGCAGCUAGUGGUCAGUUUGCUUCGCGAAGUACCAAAUUGCUGUCGGAUUACAUAAUCCCAAAAAUGGCAAGCGAUGUGGUAAGCAUUGUAGUACAAAUCAAUCAAACUAUCCUGAGGGUUGGAAGCCAACAGUUGGAGAAAACAGGAACGGAGAAGGCGUCGGAGGUGUCGCAGAAAAUGAGGCUUAUAGGCAGGGUGGGGUGAAAAUUAAUGGAAAUGAGAAGGCGUCACUAGAAGACCUUCUAAAACCUGGAAACUUUGAUACCCUCAUCUGCUGUGCACGAAAUAUGGCUGGAUACGAGGAAAAUGCAGCCAGCAACUGCAGUCCACUGUGGUUAUGA